GCCGCGCCGCUCGAGCGUGCGACACCACCGCGAUUCCGACUAGUGAUGUUUCGUGCUUGUGAACUAUGGAUGAACUGAACGGAAUGUUGUGAUGUGCUAGAUAAGGUCCAAGGAAUCUUCGGUUCCUUUACAUGGCAUACGGCCGGUGUAAAUACAAAUCCGAAAUGAGAUGAGUAUGCGCGUGUCGUGGGCCAGGUGGUAUUGGAUAGUAAUCUUCACGACUUGUACCGCGAGGACGGCUAGCGACUGGCUGGACUGCGCCCACAUCGCGACCUGCCGCUGCAAGUGGUCCUCCGGGAAGAAAACCGCCACUUGUGCCUCCAGCGACCUGCGCCGCCCGCCAUCUCUAUCAUCCGAUAUACAAGUUCUAGAUCUUCAUGACAAUCCACUGAGGAAUCUCCCUCAGGAAGUAUUUUCUAAUAUCGGCCUACUCAAUUUACAAAGGUUAAACCUGCGCGCAACGAAACUUAGAUCUAUACACGCAGAUGCUUUUUUAGAAUUAAGAAUACUUGUGGAAGUCGAUUUGGCAGACAACGACCUCGCGAUUCUACCGAGAGACAUAUUCAGAGGCAACGAAAGGUUACGCAUGGUUAUACUGAGUAAUAAUCCCCUGACGACCCUAAUUGCCGAUCAGUUUCCGCCGCUUCCGCAUCUCCGGAUACUCCAGUUAGAUGGCUGCAGAAUACGAACGAUACACACGAACGCGCUAAGGAAUUUAAAAUCAUUAGAAAAUAUAGAUCUAAGAAGAAACCAACUCACAUUCCUUCGUUUGAUUACAUUCUCUCUGCCGGCUUUAAAAACUAUGUCCUUGUCUGGUAACCCGUGGCGAUGUGACUGUCGUUUGCGGGAAUUUAAGGAUUGGUUUUUGGACAGUACACUGGGUACGGAGGAAUUGGUCUGCGUGGAGCCCGCCAAUCACUCCGGAUUCAAAUGGCGUAAUAUUCCCAGCGAAUCGAUGGCCUGUCAACCUGAAGUAAAAUCGAGCACGUUGGUAGUGAGAGCUGAAGUCGGCGCUCCAGCUACGUUUGGAUGCUGGGUCCACGGGAUCCCGAAACCCCAGGUGACGUGGUUACUGGACGGUGUUGAAAUACACAACAGUACAAUAGAUUGUGAUAUGGAGGAAUCCGAUACGGUCGUCGAUGAUGACGAUUCAGAAAAUAGAGUACCCGGUAGCGUGAGGUGGGUAAAUAUUACGUUGUUGAAUGUUACUUCGAGUGCUGCAGGAGAAUGGACUUGCGUUGCUAAAAGCAUGGCAGGUGAAGCGAGAGCGGUAAUAAGCCUAGUCCUACCACGAUCUCAGACAGCUACAGCACGAACCGCCCCAGGUAUUCCUCAAUUACUGGGUGUAGUGUUCGGUGCCCUAGGGGCACUGGCAACUUUGGGAUUUAUAGGAGCUGUAGCGUGUUGGCAGUUAAGAAGGAGAACGAUGCCUCCUAGUAGAAGUUUUACCGAUCAAGAAAAAAGGUUAAUCGAUGCGUCGGUAGUGGUGAGCUGCGACAGAUCUAUUGCGGAUAUGGCUUCCCCGUGUGAUUUCGAGCUCACGGAAAGAUCUCUGUCGAUAGACGAGCAGCCUCGAGGUUGCGGUUUCGAUCCCGUGCAUAUAACGAUAGAAGGUACGCCUGGGGCAUUCCCUCCGCCGCCCGCCGAGUUCGCGGUUCCCGUUCCGUAUGGAAAUAUUUUUAUAUCAGUUCAAGUAGCCGGGAGAGGAGAAUCUUCAAAGUAUCCAGACUUACUUAGUGGUGGUGCCACUUUACCAAGAAGAAGUCGAACUUGUUGCACGGCUCCCGCGUAUGACAACAUGGGCCCGAGAGUAACAGCUACGGGAAGUUCUACUUGGUCAUUACCGGGAGCUAGUUCUGAAAACUUGGAACCAUCUGAGACUCCGGUCUUAUCCCUGCCCCCGCCACCGCCCGAGUUCGUUUCCCUCUAGCCUCGGCCUCUGGUACUGGAUGCUUCGAGUCUGAGGUGACCUGGUACCGCGCAGUUAAGAGUCAAUUAGACUAUUUCCAAAUUGUAAUGUAAUUAUAGUUAGUAGGCUAUGUGGAAAAUUUUUAAUUGUAAAUAUGUAGUGUGUGCGAUUGACGCGAACGAUACAAGAUAUUAUGUUGUAAGAUAUAAUAAUGUAAGGUUGUUAUCAUUAUUAAGGUGUACGAGUACUUGAACUUUUUAAAAGAAAUGUUACCGAUAUGGGACUUUGGAAUUACAUUAAGUAUCUAAUUAUUUCUUUAAUAGUUAUUUCCUUUUAUGACUUCGCAUAAGUGUCUUCCCAACUUUUGUAAAUAUUAUUUAGUCGUGUUUACAAACUUCCCAAAUAUAAGACUGACCCCUUUGUCUUAUUUUCGUCUCUCUUUAUGACUUAAUAUUGUACGACUGUAUAAAGCUGUAUACUACAAGCAAAAGAUAGGCUUCUAAACAUUUUAUUUAAA